UAUUUUUGUUUCGUUUUGACAAGAGCAUGUGACACAUGUGCAACUGGCAUGUUGUCAAAAAAUUUUCAAGUAGGCUGUCAAAUUCUGAAUAAUGUUGCGAGAAAUUCGUUGCCCGUUUUUCACUUCAGUAAUAAAGUAUCACAAAACGGCAAGUUUAUCAAGUGGUCUGAAAAUAAAACUCGUUUAACCUCCGAGCAACACCAAAAGAGACUUGAACAAUGUCCGUCGUUCGAACAAAUUUGCUAUCAAAAGUUGUUUUCCAAACCAAAGCCUAAUUGCAAAACAAUUACAGCCAGUGACGAUUAUUUAAAGGCACGACAAUUUUUAAAGCUUCAUAUUAAGGAUUUGAUAAAAUUCGUGGACAAUGAAUCGCAAUUAAUUACGAACGACAUAAAGAAUCGUUUGGAUAGCAACAGAGCCGCUCGUGCGACUCAAUUAGAGAAUCUCUUUAAGAAGACGACGGAGAAACUGGACGAACUGAUGAAAUUAGACGUUUCUUACGGCAGCUGGAUGCGACAGAUGAUGUUGCUGCUUAAUGACGAGAUAAAACGAUCUUUUGACGCUCUGGAACGAGUGAUCGGUUCAAACGAGAAGCGUAUAGCGUCUAUGUUAAAGAAAUUGCAAAGUGACGUGUCGAUCUGCAUAGAGAGCGCGGAGAGAAAUCUCGCCGUAUGUCGCAAACAUUAUCUUCCUUUCGAUCUCACGAAAUGCACGAAGGAACAGUCGGAUAAAGCGACAAAAAUGCUCGAUCGGAUGAAGGAGGAAGCGCGUCGUAAGUUCGAAGAGAUCGCCAAGUUUCGCGAAACAGUUCUGAGAGCACAUGAGAUAACGACGCAGGAAGCGAUAGAGAUUAACCAUAAAAAAACAAUGGAUUUAUUAAAGUACCUGGAGAAAUGUAUCGUCAAGCUGAAGAGUUCGAACAAGUAGCGCAAAAAACAUGGAACUGAGAAAUAGAUAAAUAAUAUAUUGUAAUAUAAAUUUGUUAAACAAAUUCUAGACGUGAAUUCUAGAAUUGAUGAC